AUGAAUUCAUCAGAAGAUACCUAUCCAUCGGCAGGCACCCCGGGUGGUCGAACCUCGACAAUGCGAGGUCUUGAUGGUUCUGGCGUCGGCCGGGAUCCUCGUGCUUCCUUGCAGAACUACAACCAGGUCAUGCUUCAGCACACUCUGCGCCAGAUGGCUGCCUUCACCGACAAUUGCGACUUCGCUAAGAGACGCAACAGCGGCACCAGUGGUAGCAGUGGCCGAAGUAACGCAUCGACGGUUGCUGGAGUGGCCCGUGGUGGAACUGAGUCUUCUCCUCCGAGAUCUACUCCUGGUGACAGGAUUUCGGGAGACGUUGAAAGGGUGUAA